AUGGGCAGAUCACGCUCGGACCAAAACCGCGCCACCAAGGUGCCGGUGACGGGCUCUUCGUUCGCCACGACACAGCGUGCCGGAAAAAGUGUACAUCUCGGGCCAGAGAUGGCGCCGAAGGAGGCCAAGGGAAAAUCGGCGAAACCCACGAAGAGUAUGACGACGUUGCACGAGCAGCUGCUCUACCUGCAAGCCCUUUACCCGUACGCCUCUUAUGAUAAGCUCAUGGCCGUAAUCGACAACACCAACAGCGCAGAUGAGGCAGCGGAACAGGCCUACGAGGCACUGAACCCCGACUACAACGGUUUCGCGUAUCUGAAAGAGCAACACGACCUCUUCACAAGCGAAAAACUACCGAGCGCCGAACGGGCGACGGCGUUUGCGGGUUUGAGGGAGUCACUGCAGGAGCGGGCGGCGUCUGCAUUUCGGCCUGGGCACUUUGGAAAUCUUUCGCAGCUGCAGGAAUACCAAGACACGGUGGGGCUCUUCAUUGUGGACACAUCAGAUUGGGACCGUGCGACGCUGCUGCCCGCACGUGACUUAGCGGAGAUGACGUUCAUGGACCUCCCUCUACUCGAGGAGCCGACGAAUUAUGAGGCAGCCACGGCCACGAUCAACGGUGACAGCAAAGACGUCAAUGGGCUGAGACGUGAGGGCUGGUCGCAGGUGUGCAGCACGUCGCUUGACACAUCUAACAACGCGACCGGCUUCCUAGACCUGCAGCCGAGCAGCAAGCUGCACCCCGUCAGCAACGCCGCCUCCGCUUUGCUAUCGGGAGGAAAUCCCGGCAAAUACUCUCAUGCGCCGUCGUGUGGUGCAUCCAAGGAGCGACCAAGAGAUGAGCGCAACGGCAACAGUGCUGCGGGUGACGGCGGGGAUAGCGCCACCGCGAGCGUCGUCUAUGUGCAGCGCAGCGACCCACCACGUGCAGCACCGAUUAUAGCGUGGGCACCCGAGGCGAUUCGUGUGGGUCCUGCUGAGGCGGGACGGGAGAGCGAAGGCAUUCUGCGCGUUUUCGACGAAGCGACCUUCUUAAAGGGCCCGCUGCUGCGGCUGGCGACGCCGCCGCCAGCUUCAACUGAGGCCUUGCCAGAUGCGCAUAUGUCUCCACAGGAAAGCGCCGUGGCAGUGCGGCCGGCGGUGGAAGGCGAAGCCCACGAACCUGUGAUGAACGGUCUGGUUGGUGGCCAGGCAAGCGCCUUGGCUGCUCCGCCAUCCCCGCAGACGACCUUUCCAUUGUCCAUGGAGGAGGACGGCGAGGCCCACGAGCCGUUUGAUCCGGGCUCCAGCGCAGUGCCUAAGCGGGGCGGUGGUGACAACGUCAACGAGGCGAACACCGAGGAGUUGCUCCGCGCAGAGGCGCCAUCCGCAUCGCUCUCUCACCACCGCAGACGCACCUGCUUACCCGAAACCUAUACGGAAGUGGAACCCGGCGCGACCGCGAGCACGAGCACGAGCAUGGCCCACGGCACCGCCAACGGGACGCGACAGAUCUCGGGCGGCGACGACAACGCGGCCUCCUCCAAUGCGUUUUGCGCGCAGUCCAGCAUGCGGGAUGCGGCCCGCAAAGCACACGAGCCCAAGCCGCAUCCCCUCACGACUGCGGAGACGGUGUGGCAGCGCAUGCGAAACCGGAUUCCAAUAGGCAACUUGAUUUCUCGCUCGACUUCCCGGCAGAAGCCUGCGGUGCCGCCGAAGAAGAAGAGCAGCAACGGACGUCCUAACGUGGUAUGCUCGCCAGGGUUUGCUCUGCCGCGAACCGCUGCCCGCGAGGGGGCAAGUGUGCUGAACGGCACCACCGAGGGCACCGAACGGCAGCAGGCAGCGCACAACGGCUGUGGGGAUGUACCAGUCGACGGCAAUGACGCGGCUGAAAGGGGUGUGGGUGCCCCGUACAGCGAGCGACGAUCCAGCACGGGAACGUUGGCCAUUCCUGCCGCGCACGCUGGGUGCUCAAGCUUAGACCCCGUAGCCUUUCUGAAAGCCGAGGAGGAGCGCUGGGACACCAUUGCGACUAUGCUGACUUCAUACGAGGAGGUGUUCGGCCCCAAGUCCCGCUGCGAUCUGGUGCGGUGCAUCCACGAUGAGUGCCCCAAGCUGCGUGACAACGUCACGGUCAUUCUGCAGCGGCUGCUGCACGUGGUGGGGAAGGCGCUGCGUGGCAAAGAGCUGGUGGAGGGCAUGACAGAGGAGCCGCUGAAGGUACCUUUGCUCGGUACCAUUCUGUUCUCCACCUCACCUAUCAAGCUGACCGAGCUCAGCUUUCGCGAGGACAAGUGCUCUAUCGAGUUUUGCGAGGAUGGGACACGACUGCAGGCGAACCUUGACCUAAAGGCGAUGUCGCUGGAGGCGAUCCGGUUUGCGUACAUUGGUGAAGUCGAUGCCGUCCGGCAAGCACGCAGGGCGCGAGAAUCGCAGGGACGAAUACCAGGGUCUUACUGGCGUGCGGCGUCGCGUACGCGGCGUGGCAGUGAACUGGAACAGUACACCACGGGUGUUACGCGCGGUACCGCCACAAUCAAGGCUGCCGAUGUCCGUGUGAAGGGAAGGGUAUGCAUAUGGCUGAUGACCUCCGGCAAAAUGCAUGUUGCGUUCCAAAAGACGACCGUCUCUGUGGGCUCCUUCCGGUUGUCAACAACAGUGACGAAGCUAAACGUCUUGUGCACCCUCGGCGCACCUAUUUUGCGGCUAAUGAUACAGCGCGGCAUUAAACAGGUGCUGCAAAGCGGGCACAGCUUGUGA